AUGGAUACCAUACAUCCCCUUGUCAAAGCCUCUGAUCUUAUCCAAAACCAUCCAAAAUCCUGGCAUAUGAGUAAAUUGCAAAGCCUCUUUGACCAAACCAGCAUAAGAGAAAUCUUGAAGAUCCCACUGUCUCAAACAUUGCAAGGCGAAGAUAAAGAAAUAUGGGCACUCAAUCAUAGUGGGAAAUUCUCAGUGAAGACAGCUUAUCACGCACAAGUCGACUACCAUGAAUCGGUUCACCAAAAUCAAAACUCUCUUUUUAAGCCUUUGUGGAGUCUAAAAAUUCAUGACCGUCAUAAGCUCCUCCUAUGGAAAAUACUGUGGAAUAUUUUACCAACUAAGGCAAAGAUCAGUGAAAGAAUUUCUCAGCAAGUCAACACGGAAUGCACUUUCUGCGACCAGGAGGAGGAAACAACACUUCAUUUAUUUGUUAAAUGUCCUAUUGUCAGAAUACUAUGGCAACAAGGUAGCUGGCCUUUAAAUAUAGAAAGACUGCCAAUUCACUCCAGUGCAGAUUGGAUAAAAAUGAUCAUCUAUCCGGAUAAACUCCUGGGCCUACAGGAGAAUGAGACCCACCAUUUCCAACUAUAUGCAGUCGUUCUUCUGGAUCUUCUGUGGAAAAACCGAAAUGAGAAAGUCCACAAUUCUUCAAGCUUCUCUCUGGAAGAAAUAAAGAAGCAGCUCGCCACAGUUUAUGAAAGCUUCAAAAACGCCUGGUCCAUUUGCUCUCUGACCAAAAUCCCAGCUCUCAAUUGGAACCCUCCUCCUCUUGGAUCCUUUAGUAUCUCCUUUGACGCAACAGUGAGAAAUGAUUUUUCUGUAGCAUCAGCAAUUCAAAGAAAUCACUUAGGUGAUAUACUGAAGAUAUACACAGAAAAAAUUGCCUCUUCCAUCCCGUUGGUAGCUGAAGCAAAAGCAGCCUUACUUGCAAUUGUCAUGGCCAGUAGUUCUUUCCAAUCUAACUCAAGUUCAGUAACAAUCGAAGGUGAUGCUCAGUCAGUUUUUUCGGCUAUUGAUUGUAAAGAUUCUACCCUUUUUUGGUCAAUCUCUCCCAUUGUAGAAGACAUCAGAUCAUAUGCAGAAGAUCACCCAUCUUGA